AUGGAAGAGGGUGAAGUUUUCAAAUUGCCAGAUGGCAUAAAGGACCCUGCUACAGAGUUUGAUCUACUCGAGAGUCUUGGUAGAGGUUCGUUUGGUGCCGUCUACAAGGCACGACACAAAAAGACAGGUCACAUUGUAGCAAUCAAGUUGGUACCUGUCAACGAAGACUUUCAAGAGAUUCUAAAGGAAAUCAAUAUAAUGAAACAAUGUAGAUCUAAAUAUGUUGUACAAUACUAUGGAAAUUAUUUUAAAGAAGAUACUUGUUGGAUUAUUAUGGAAUAUUGUGCUAUGGGAUCGGUUAGUGAUAUGAUGAAUGUUACAAAUCAAAUUUUGAAUGAAGAACAAAUUGCAUUGGUUUGUUACAGUGUAUUAAAAGGUUUAUUCUAUCUACACAAGAAUAGUAAGAUUCAUAGAGACAUUAAACCAGGUAACAUCUUGGUCAAUGAACAUGGUGAAUGUAAAUUAGCUGAUUUUGGUGUAAGUGGACAAUUGAGUGAAAGAACGAGAAAGAGAAAUACGGUGAUUGGUACACCCUUUUUUUUGGCACCAGAGGUCAUUCAAGAGGUUGGUUAUGACUCCAAGGCAGAUAUAUGGGCUUUGGGCAUUAGCGCAAUCGAGAUGGCAGAGUUUAAUCCACCCUACCAUGACUUGCAUCCAAUGCGUGUCUUGUUUAUGAUUCCAACGGCAGAGCCACCCAAACUCAAGGAGAAUGGAAAGUGGUCGGCCGAGUUUAGCGAUUUUAUCAACGUGUGUCUCAAAAAGGACCAGACCCAGAGACCCACCGCCAAGGACCUCCUCAAACACGCCUUUUUCGAGAAAAAGGUCAAGGGUACGUACGUCAUGUCGACCCUGACCGACUCGGCCGACCUCAUCAUCGAGCGUCUCGGCGGACGUGAGCAGGCUCUCAAGGUCGCCGCCGAGCGCAAGGCAAAGCAGUCGGGCGAGCCGUUUGAAUUCACGCAGAGCUCUUCGAUCAGUCCAAUGAACUCGGACGACGAGGAAGACCUCUUGGAACAAAACAACAAAAAGCACAACGAGGAGCAAAAGAACAGAGGUUCGGCCAACUCGUCGCCAUCACCCUAUGUCAACAAAAAUGUUUCAAACAUCUCUCAACCAAGUGGACGUCCACUUUCUCAACCACCUUCCUACAACAACAACAAUAAUAAUAGUAAUAGUAACUACAGUCCCAAUCAAAGACCAUUGUCUCAACCACCACCACAAUCAAACAACAACAAUGAUUUGAAUGAAUUGGAUUCAUUAUUAAAUGGAAUUAUUUUAUCUGGUAACAAUAAUAAUGGUAAUAAUAAUGGUAAUAAUAAUAAUAAUGGUGGUAGAGCAAUCAGUCAAUCAUUAAAUGUACAACAACAAUAUCAACAACAAUCAUCGUCUCCAAAUCAACAACAACAACAACAACAAUAUCAACCACCAAGAUUUUCAAAUUCAACAGGCAAUUUGGGACAAUUAUAUAAUGAUAAUAAUAAUAAUAAUAAUAGUAAAUCACCAUCUGCUUUUUCAUCUCCAUCACUCUCACAUAUUCAACAACAACAACAAUAUCAACAACAACAAUCAUCACCAUCUUCAUCUGCCGAAUCAUCACCUGUACUCCCAAGCAAUAAUUUUUCACGACAAUUGUCUCAUAAUAGUUUUAUGAAUAUCUCAAACACACCGAAUCGUGGUACUACCAGCAACACUAGCAACAAGGCACCAGUCUCUGAACUCGACGAUCUAUUAGAGGAGAUGCUCAACCCAGCCUUUGGCUCAAAGCGUGGAAUCACUCCUAUUAGCUCGCCAUCGCAAUCCCGUAGAUUCAACACGGCCACUCCCCCCGUCCCCGCCGUCAUCCGUACCAGCAGUGUCUGGACGGGCAUCAGUGCCGGUGGAUGUGCCAACCACCACACAUGGCGUAACAACCCACAAUUUUUGUUGCGUGUCGAGUCGCGCACCUCGCUCACCAUUACGCUCCAACAACACGCCUCCAACAAUGUCUUCCACAUUGGCUUUUACGUUGCACGUGCCAAUCCUACACAACCAGAGCGCAAGUUGCUCCAACUAGCUCGCGACAACUUGGUUCCAGGCGUGGACAACUCGUUUUUGCGUAGUUCCAAGGUAUCGAACCGCGUCACUUUAGAGCCAGGCAACUAUAUCAUUGUGCCAGCCACAUUUGAACCAGGACAAGAGGGUGGCUUCGACCUCGAGUUGACAUCAGACUCGUCCAAUGACUUGCUCUCAACAUCGAUCACCGAGGUACUUCCGGACCGCGACUGGAGAAAGAUAUCAGACACUUCAUUCGAGUGGCGUGGAAACUCGGCAGGUGGCAGCUUUAGUGGUAGUUCGGCUACUUGGAAGGACAAUCCCAAGUUUAUGUUUGAGUUGGCUGUCGGCGGACAAGUCACUACCAUCCUCAGCAAGAAUGACGAUGUGUCGCGUGACACUUACAUUGGUUUCUAUGUGUUUAGAGUGGCUGACCGCAACCUUCCCUACGUCUAUUUGACCGGUCCAAACCUCAUCACCAAGACCAACUUUAUCAACAGCAGUGAAGUCACCCAUCAACACACAUACGAACCAGGCAUUUACAUUGUCGUGCCAUGUACUUAUGAUGCCAACCAAGAGGGUUCGUUUGCCAUCUCUUGCUUUUCAGAUGUGCCAAUCAACCGUAUUGACCUCAAGGAGAAGAUUAUCACCAGCAGAGGACGUUGGAGCGGCGACAGUGCCGGUGGCUGUCUCAACCACAGCACCUGGCGUUCAAACCCACAAUUCUUGUUGUCCAACACGUCUGCCACUGCUCCAUCGCGUAUCUCGAUCAUCAUGGAUCAGACUGCCAAGGAAAGCACACUGUUACAGUUUGCUGGAUUUUACGUUGCACGUGCGCCAUCGGCUCAACUCGACAAGAAGCUCUACCAGAUCAUCCCCAAAGAUCUCAUUGGCAAUACCGAGUUUAUCAACGACUACCAAGUACACUACACAUUGUCGCUCGAACCAGGUCAAUCGUGUGUCGUCAUCCCCUGCACGUUUGCACCCAAUGUUGAAGCCGACUUUUCGAUGCGUUUCAUCUCUUCGCAACAGUCACUCGCCAUGCGUGCAUUGCCCGAGUGGCACAUGCGCAAGUUUGGCGGCGAAUGGCGCGGCCAGUCGUGCGGAGGCCGUUACUCCAACACCAGCUCCUCUUGGACACUCAAUCCAAGAUUCAAUUUUAACGUAUGGCAACGUGGCGGCAUCCCAUCGCGUUAUACCAUUGUAUUAAAUCAAUCAGACAAGCCAACAAACCACGGCAUCGGUUUCUACUACUUUAAGAUCUUCCCAGAUGGAAAUCUCAAGGAAUUGGUGUGCAAGAGUGGCUUUGUCUCUGGCAAAGAGGUUGUCGUUGAGGGUUCGGCCAAUGAAACUAUUCAAGGUGCCGUUCUACCUGCCACCUUUGAACCAGGAAUUCCAGAUAAUUUUACCCUAGUCAUUUACAGUGAAAGAGAUUUUGAUCAAAAUUAA